CCCUUCCGCUCUCUUUUCCUUGUCUUGAAAAACACUAUCAGGAGAAAGAGGCACAAGAUUUCAGAGAGACAGCGCUGAAGGAAUAUGAAGCUUGGCUGGGAGUCGUCGGUUCUGUGGGCCGUCCUGCUGUCCUUCUGUCUGCACGGGGCUCUCUCCAGAACGCCCAGGACACUGUACUCCAAACGCUGUCCCGACCUCUUCUACUGGAGCGACCGCGAGUGUCGGGCGUGUGAGAGGGACUACCCCAGGGAAGCAGGAAAGGAAUAUUCACCAAACUGCGGCAUCCCUGACGAAGGAGGGCGAUUGACCACACCUCUGUGGCCCUGCGCUAACGGGACAUACAACACUGGCGCCCACGACCUGUGCCAGCCCUGCAGCGAGUGCCAUGACAGACAAACCCUGAGCCGCUGCAGCGCUACCAGGGACACGCAGUGCUGCGGAGAGGGCGAGUGCCAGCCAGGCUGCUGUUGGUGUUUGGGCAGCGUCGGGGAGGAGUCUAGGAGAGCUGAGUGCCCACACGCUGACUUCUCCUGUAUGCCAGCAGAGGGAAUGCAGUGCCAGCAGUACCAGGAAGGGACCAUUGACCCCGGGCAGAGCACCCGCCAGACUCCCACAGCUCUGAUGAUGAUGUCAGCGCAUGGAACCACACCCCAGACAACAAGACCACCACAUGUUUGGUGGUCAAUGCUGGUGAUUGUGGCUGUCCUGGCCUUCGUGGUGACGGGAAUCCUCGCUUUGGUUUCUAAGAAUUACAAGGAGCAGAAGGACAGACCCGAGCUCGCAGCGCAUGCUUGUAAAGACAGCAACAGGGAAUCUGAACUCUUACCUCCCUCAGACAGGCUUCACGACGGACCAGUCAAGAUUUUCACUGACAAAACCCUGCAUGAGAUACUGGCACCCGGACUGCAGGAGGCGCCCUUGCGGAGGGUCCUAGAUGACCUGGACGUUCUGGAGGAGUUGGUCAUGCUGCUGGACCCAGACAGCCCCAACAGCAGGACCACGAGGCACCUGGCAGCCCGCUGCAGCUUCCCCGCCACCUGGAUCAACUACACCUACUCCAUGCGCGACAGCAAGAGCCCCUUGAAGGCUGUGCUUGAGGCCGUCUCCGCCAAGUGGCCCGACUGGACCGUGGGGCAACUGGCCAGGGUCCUGGCAGACAUGGGGCGGAACGACGCGGUCAAGAUCCUGGCGAAACUCCCCCCGGAUUCCAGGGAGGUGCUAUAGCAACCCCCCGCCCACCCGGAGAUCCAAGUGCAUUGAAAUUGGCAAAUACACGCUGUAGUCUGUAUGGAAGACUUGCACAUUGAACAGAUCCAAAAAAAGUUAUUUCACCAGAAAAUUCAACAACUACAUGCCACAGUAAACACUGUCAAGCUAAUAAAACUCCCACCUCCUUUGUCAUUUUAUAUCUAUCCAUAGCUCUCUCUCUAUAUAGAGAGAGAAAGAGAACAGGGAUGUUAAUAAGACUCCCAAUGCAUAGCAGAUUGAUCCACUCCUUCUGUUUAAUAAUAAGACACACCUGAGGUGGUUAUCUGGAGGCUAAUGAAUCUCGUAGUAAAACCUGGAGUGGGUGAAAGCGCUAUGCAGCAGGAGUCUUCUUUCAAUCCCUGCUGAAGACUAUAACCCCCCCUCCCUCGAUGCAAUACUGUGUGCAAUUCAGCCAGAGCUCCGAACGCAACCUAAUCCAAGACACAGACGAGACUCGGGGUUACUGAACUUAACUGUCUUCAAACAUCUUAACAUCUUUAUUGGGCAAAUGACGUCAUAAAUAAAAAAAAAGUGCAUAGAAAAAGUAAACGGGUUUAGAAAUAUUUAUACAACUAUGUACAAAACCAGAGGUUUUAUUUUAAUACAAGGUAACAGCCAGUUCACAAAAACGUUUUGUUGUUUAAAAAUGAAACUUAGCCACACAUCUUGUGUCUUGACAUAUGGACCUAUGUGUGUGUGUGUGUGUGUUUCAGCACAUAACGAGUGAUUCACUUCCUUCAAUGCACAGACACACAGCUCUGGCAGCCCUGUGCCCUGCUCGUCGUUGGGUAUUGAGGUAGGGUCUUUCACGAGGGAGUCACCUCCAGGUGCACCGCUCUGACCACAGGCUGUUCUUAACCCGGGGAGGGAGAGGGGGGCACCGUCAGGGAAGUCCUGCCCCAGCGCCUUCCAGGGAAGGGGUUAAAACGAAGGGAAGGUGUUUUAAAAUCAAGGGUCUGAAAUCAGUGGUAAUCUAAAACAUAAACCUCUUCCCUGACCGAUGCAAAAAAAAAAAAAAAAAAAAAAAUAAAACAUCACGCUCUCGUCUCCUGAUAUUGCUGUGCAAGACUCUACUGUCUGUGCCAAGAAAACAUUGCAAGAAGCAGAGAAAGGGAUCAAAGGCCAGGUACAACUCCGCUGACAGAAUCACCAACUACUCAAGUUGUAUUUUUUUUUUCAACAGCAACACAAAAAAAUGUAAUAAAAAAAAAAAAAAUCACUCCUUUGAAUUCUCAUAAUCUCAGCGCAGAAUGUCCCGAGCUGUAAAUCCACAACAAAAAACUGUGAACAUUUUGUUUAGUUAAAUUUGUAAAUGCUAUUUACAUAUCAUAAAAAAAAACCCAAAAAAUUUAAAUAAAAAAGGUGACUCUCUACAGAGAGAGAGAGUCAGCUCACAUUCCAACCCUGGUUUAGGAGAGGGAAUACAAAACACAAAAAACAGGCUGAUUAUCAAAAAAGCUGCCAUCAGAAGAGAGCGUCAGCCAGUUAAACUCAAAGUAUCUCCAUGGAAAUCCAACAUGCUUUAGUGUCAAGAGCAGUCAGUCCGGUUUGGGGAGGGAGAAAGAGAGAUACACAGUGAGCAAGCUUAGCACCAUCUUUCACCAGGCAGUGGCUUUUUUAGCUAGGUGAGCAAGAA